ACCAAUUCAAAAGCAAAAAAGAUGGAGUUGCCAAGAAGCAUGGACUGUCCCCCUCCACUCUGUGCAAGAGGUUGCGGUUUCUUUGGGACUUUGGCAAACAAGAAUAUGUGCUCAAAGUGCUACACUGAUUAUCUGAAAGAACAGCUUCUUGCUAAGCCUACUGCAGAGCCGGCCGUGGUGGUGCCUUCAGUGGAGAAAAACCUAGACGUCGCUGUUUCUGCUAGCGAGUCGUCGUCAACCACUACAACUAGUGAUCAGCCAUGUGGUGUGACGACAAAGAAUUGGUGCCAGAGCUAUAGCUGCAAGAAGAAACUUGGUCCAGUGCAAGUGGCGUUAAAAUGCCGCUGUGGUGGAGUGUUUUGUCCAGAGCACAGGUUAGCUGAAAAGCACUCAUGUAGUGUGGAUUACAAGAGGCCUGGAGGAGAGCUCUUGGCUAAGCAAAACCCAGUUUGCAAGGGUGACAAGUUAAAGCAGAGGGUUUAG